AUGUCAGUAGUCAACGGUGUUCUGGUGGCCAUUCCGCCGCCAGAAGGUUACGUCGUCGACUUUGACAAUCCUCGACGGAACUCGGUCCUGACAGCGUAUGUGGUAUCUGCUGUGGGCAUGGUAUUCGCACUUCUUUUCAUUCUCCAGAGGCUUUAUGUCAAAGCAUUUGUCCGUCAUUCGUUGGGUAUUGAUGAUUUUCUUCUCGUUAUUGCUUGGCUAGGUUCCAUCGCCAUUCAGGUCCUCACCAUUCGAUCAUUUGCUCAUACGUAUAUGGUGGUACACGGUUGGGAAAUCCCAUUCGAGAAAUUCCAAGACUUCGCACUGGUCAACGUUGUCAUCUUGCUCUUCCUGAAGGACAUGAACAACAGCCAAAAGUGGUACCGGUGGUCAGUCUGCGCAGCUAUGUUUCUCGUCGUCGGUUCGAGCACGGGUAUCCUCUUCAGCUCCCUAUUUCCAUGCCAGCCAUUUCGGAAGGCUUUUGACUUGACAAUUCGCCCAGAUGUUGGGUCUUGCAUCGACAGGCAAGCCAUGUUUCAGGCGACAGCUAGCCUUGGCGUUGUUACCGACGUUAUCAUCAUUGGCAUCCCAAUUCCCAUGGUUCUUCGAUUGCACAUGUCAAAGGCCAAAAAGGCGGGAUUGUUGCUCAUGUUUAUCAUUGGCUCUGCGCUGGCCUUGCUCAUUUCAGUGUUGGAUGAAGUCGAUCAAACCUGGGGAGGUGGUCCAAUACGUGUUUGGAUGGUAAUGGCGCCUAAAUUGCUCCCCAGCACGGACGAUAACACCCGCGGGAAGUCCAAGAGUACCGCAUUCUCUGGGCACGAGCUGCAGACCUUCGGCGGCACAGGUUCUUACAAACCAUCGCAAUACAAAAGGAGCGGAAACACGCGAACUGGGCCGUAA